AUGAGUGGUUUUCUUCUUCGACAAGUAAAGUUAAGUCAACCACAAUUAGCUUCUUUACUUCAACAUCAAUGUCGUGCCGAAGCUUCAACAUCAUCAAGUGCUACUGUUGUUCAAAAUAAUCCCGUAGUAUUAGAUAAUCGAAAACCAGCACCACAAAUAGAUGCUGACCGUAUGCGAAUGCAUCCACGUAUUGGUAAUCGUGAAAUAGUUGGUUAUGGUUUAAAAGGUAAACCUGAAUAUUUUGACUUGGUUAUGUUUCCUUGUCCAAGUAUUCGUUGGGAAGCUGAUUCACCAGCAAUUGCUGAAUUAAGAAAGAAAGAAAAAGGUGAUUGGAAACAAUUAUCAACUGCAGAAAAGAAACAAUUAUAUCGAUCAAGUUUUCGUCAAACAUUUGAAGAAUUUACUGCUCCAACUGGUAUUUGGAAAUGGGCAAUUGGAUGGACUUUACUUUCUAUAGCAGGUGCAACUUUAGCUUAUGAUGGAUGGAGACGUAUCUGUUAUCGUUUUGAAGGACCAGAUAGUAUGAAAGACGCAAAAUUGAAGAAACAAUUAGAAUAUCAUAUUGCUGCUCGACAAGGUCCAAUGACAGGAUUGGCAUCGAAAUGGGAUUAUGAAACUGGUACAUGGAAAAAAUAA